CCUGCUUCACUUGUCAUUUCUCGUACUAAAAACUUGAAAAUGCAAUAACAAUUUCAAUGAAAAUUAAAACAUAAUAUAAAUAUUUUUACUUUAAUGCAAUACUUCUUAUAAAGUACUAGUAAACAUGGAUAAACCUAAUUUAAGCCAGUACUUUGGUAAUUCAGAAAUACCACCUGCAUCACAGUUCUUUGAUGAAAUUGGUACUUCACCAUCAGAAAUGGUUCAAAGCGUAUAUUUGGGUGAUUCAGAAGGUGCACAAACCGCAACUACACCGCAAGUUAGAGCAUCUUUUGGUCAAUCUCAAGAAGGCCCUACAGAUAUAUUACCCACUGUCAGUGGAUCUACAUCGAUUCCUGUGACUAGUUUACCAGAUCCUUCUACAUUUUUUGAUACUAUUGGCCCAGACCCUCCAAUUGGUGUUCUGAAAACUAAUACUGGUUCUGCUACGAUGAUAACUGAUGCAAUGGAUGGAUUAAGCAUAAAGAAUCAACCAGUAGACAAGGAAGCUGAUAGAAGAAGAGAUGCAUGGAUACCAGAUGAGGAAGCUAAAAAGACUUUAAUAAAGGCACAAUCAUCACCAAAAGGCUCAUUCUUUCCUGAAAGAGAAGUUCUGACAAUGCCAGGAAUUGUAUUAGAAGAAGAAUUGGCAGAUGCUCUUCAGGAAGUAGCAGUGAAGUACCUUGGUGUCAGUUCAGCGGGAAGCCGUGGUGUUGUUAGAGCUGAACAUGUGAGUCGUGAUGAAGCUGGUUUAAGAGAACUACUUAGGACUGGAUAUUUGAGGGCAGCUGUUAAUCUGACCGCAACUUUAAUAACUGCUGCAGGACAAGGCCCUGGUAGAAUGCACAGACCGACAAAACAUUCGCCACGUACAUUACAACUAUGGCUGACAAGGUUCGCAGUCAUGUUAAGAAUUAAACUUAACGACUCGUUGAUGAAGGAAGCGGAACCGUUCGGUGAUUUUAUGAAACCGGACAUGUUUUAUCAGUUUUACCCGGACAUAUACGAAAAUCGCACUGGUUCUCUAGUACCGUUUUCGUUGCGCCUUCUCAUUGCCGAGCUGCCAAGUCACGUCGGCAGACCCGAGGAGGCAAUGGACAGACUAUAUAUCAUUUUGGAUGUUAUAGAUAAUAUGUUAACAAAUCUAAACAAGAAUAAAACGGAAGAUGGCAGUGGCAUUAUAACGGAAGAGGAUAAAAAUGAAUCAACACGUCUGUGGACGGGUCGUCGCGUCAGAGUGCUCCAUUCGAUUGUCAAUUGUGCUAUUGCUUUAAAGGACUACAGAUUGGCAACCAACAUUCUAACAAAGCUCCAACAACAAUCGACAACGGCGCAGCAGCAACGCUCUCUGUCGAGUGCGCUGUGCCGUUUGCACCUUUUGGCGGGAAAUGUCGAAGCGGCUUAUUUACAUUUACAACACGCCAGACUGACAAGACAUCAUUUAUGCCCGACCCCUGACGUGCGAGAGUAUGUGGACUUGGGUCUUAUAGACAUCGCGCAUGGCAAGUAUCAAGACGCAUACAACAACUUUGCCAAAGCGGGUGAUCAAGAACCAACUAACAUAAUGGUAGCAAACAACAUAGCAGUUUGCCUUCUCUAUAUGGGUCGGCUUAAAGAGGCAAUAUCAGUUUUGCAAAAGGCCAUACAAUCAGACCCAGAACGCGGUUUAAACGAGAGCCUCUUAGUCAAUUUAUGUACGUUAUACGAAUUGGAAUCGGCCAAUACGGGCGAUAAGAAACUACAUUUAUUACGAAUGCUUUGUAAACAUAAAAGUGAUACUGUACCAAAUGUUGUUGAAGCGUUGAAAUUGUCAUAAAUGACAUCUGGCAGCUGUCAGCUGUCACAUUCCUGAUGACUGUUGCAAAAGUUAUUGGUGUCUCUUUCAUUUAGCACAUUUGAAUAGAGAUAGUGUGAUAUUGGUUUAACAGAUACGACGUCAUAUUAUUCCCAUUUUAGUGCUCAGAGGUUUAUCAAUCAAUACAAAUGUAAUAUAGUAAUGAAUUUUAUUUCUAAGAAUAAAUUUUAAAAAAAUGUGUCUCUUAUGAGGCUUACAUAAGUGCUGUAUAUUUUUUUUUACUAUAAUUAUUGAGAUUUUGUUAAUAUAAGUGUUGUUAUUCCAUAGAAACUAUAAUUAAUAGUUAAUAAUAGGGAGUUGAAUGUUGCUUGUAUGAUUAAUAUAAUACAACAAAAUAUGUUAAGCUUUUAACAUGCGAUUUCUCAUAUGAAAUAGAUAUAGACGAUUAAUACAAAACUUGAUUUACUUUACUCAAAUUAGUGAUAUGUCACAUGUAGAUUAAAAAAAAAUCAAUGAAUAAUCCUCUGAUUUGUUAAUGGAAAUACUGUAACUCUCAAAUAAAUAUUUAAAUACAGUAACCAACAAAAAUAUUUAACAUUAAACAGGUAAUGAUAUACAUAAUAGAUUGGUAGCAAUUUAUUAUAAAAAAAAUUACUUACAGACAAUAAAUAUAUGCCAAAUUACGGACCUGAGCUGACAGUGACAGUAUCGUUUCCGCAUUCUGAUACUUGACAAGUGAGAAGGUACGUUAAAUGACAUAAUACAGUGAUUAAGACAGAUUCGCUCAAUGGCUGAUUGCAAAUAGGCUCAGGAAAAAUAUGUACUACUAUAAUAUUACAAAACACCUAAUAACUAUGGAAUCGGGAUAUUAUAUCAAACCAAUUUUGCUCUUGGUAUCUUAGACCCUUUGAGAAAAGUUGUACACCUAAUUCAAAUGAAUACGUCGAUCUCUAUAGAUAAUAAAAAGUAUGUCUAAAUA